GGCGGAGCCUGCGCGGCAGAGUUCUGGGCUCGGAGCGAGGCGCUGCUGCCUUUCAGGCGACUUCCCGACGUGUUGUGAGAGCCGCGGGGUGAAGAUCCGAGUUCCUCCAGGCGAUUUUGGAUCAGAAUCCGAUCUGAAAGGAGGAGGGUGAGGUUGACGUGUACGUCUGAAACCUCGGGGAAAGAUUCACAGUGUGGAAUCCGUGGCCUGGUUUCUUCUUCAGUGCAACUCUAAGGGAGAAGUGUGCUGGACUUGGACUUGGAUGGGAUUGUUUAUCGGUUCGGGUCCAUCACGGGCUGAACAGUUCGGAGGAAAAACUGCGUUCUGGAAAAGAUGAGAUCUUCUCGGUGUUUGAGAGAUUCUCCGAUCUGGAUUUCCCUGUUUUGAAGCUGAGCAGGAGGUCUGUAGAUGGUGGAAAGAGUCGAGUCUGGACAUACUUCUCGCAGCCCCACGGAUUCCUUUCUUUCUUUCCUUCUCUUCCUGUCAUCCUUGCACUUCUCCCAUCACUUUCACCAGCUGUAAAAUAAUGCAACCUUUUGUGCAUAAAAUCAGGAGGAAACAGUGCUGUUAUUCUCCACCGUUACCGGUGUCAAGAUGUUGAGUUUGAACUUCAUCAAAGUUGAUGAAUGAGUUUGGAGUCUGGAGUUUCUUUCCAUAAAAGUAAAAAAAAUGGUGGAGAAUAGGUGCUGCCUUAAGAGAGAAGGGGUGUACCGGUGGUUCUCAGGCUUGAGCUCGGCUCAGAGGGCUGAGUUCCUCUGUGGACUCUUGGAUCUUUGUGUCCCGGUGGAGUUGCGCUUCGUGGGGUCCUGCUUGGAGGACCUGGCUCGUAAGGACUACCACUCUCUGAGGGACGCAGAAAUCAAGGCGAACAACCCGUCCGACCUGGCGCUCCUGGCCAAUGUGACGGACGAGGUGGUACGCAGCAAGCUUCUCGUCUCGCUCGCCUUGCUGGGUUCAGAUAACCGGGCUGCGGCAAGUGUUUUUCGGACGCUCACGCACGUCAACGCCAUCAUUCAUGAUUACGGGCUGCACCUGAGUGAUGACCGGACCGGGGAGCAGUUCCUUCUGCUCUUCACCAUGGCCGCCAAUCACCCAGCCUUCAGCUUCCACCAGAAGCAGGUCCUGAGGCAGCAGCUUACGCAGAUACAGGAGAUCCUGCAGUCCAACGUGUCUGACGCGCCACAAGGAGGAAACCCCGGAUCGCCUUCUAUCUCCACGUCUAUGUCCUCCUACGUCUCACCUGCACAUUUCACCUGCUGCACGAAGAACAUGCCUCGAGAGGGGACAUCAGGCCCUGUGGAGGAUGGUUUGGGGUCAGAGGUCAUGUCCCCUGCACCUUCAUGCCAGGAGCUACCUGUCAAAAUGCAUGCUGGGAAACCUGUAAAAGGUCGGGUCGAGAGGAUUGAGCUGAAGGGAGUCACACACAAAGGGGAUUCAUUAACAGAGUACACACUGGAGGUCACGUGGUCUGACACCACACUGUCGAUCAUUACCAAGACAUCUCAGGAAGUGAUGGAGCUGGUGUCCCAGCUCUCACAGCUCUUUUCUGAUGACUGUCUGGAGAAGUUCCUGCCCCAGCCUGGUGUUGAUCCUCAUGAGCUGGACCUGAGGUGUUUGAGUUCUCUCCCAGCUCAUGUUCUCCGACAUGAGCGAGUGCGGCUUUUCUGCUUGGCCUCCAGCCCUCAACCUUCUUCCAACACCAAUGUGAGCUGCGUGCUUCAGUACAGAGGAGCGAGCAGAUCGGUGUGCGGAGUUGCGAGCGUUCAGCCGGUGGUGAACCUUCUUGCCCCGGUUCCCCAACCUUCUCCUGCACACCUGCCCCCUCCACCCAUCCUGCCCCUUCACUCGAGCCUCGCUGUACCUGCUGCAGGAGAGACCACCUCACCUCCACAGCAAACGUCCCAACACCAACAACAACACCAGCCACACACACCCGGCCCGGAGCAGAACGGCAUCCUGGACUGGCUGCGGAAGCUCCGCCUCCACAAGUACUACCCCGUCUUCAAACAGCUCACCAUGGAAGAGUUCCUCGCUCUGACAGAAGAGGACCUGAAUAAGUACGAUCUCACUCAGGGAGCCAAGAAGAAGCUGAAGACCCAGCUGGAGCUGCAGAAGGAGAAGCUGGAGAAGAGAUACACAAUCUCUCAGUUUCCUGUGUCCUGUGGUGGAGUAGCACGAGUCACACCUUCCACUUACAACAGCCCUCUAACACACACACACACCAGCAGCAGCAGUAACACAGAGCUGCGUGUGCAGGUGGAGGCCGGUUCUUUGUCCUCUCUCAGGGACAGCAGCUCAUCAUCAGGUUACUCCAGUUCUCCAUCCAGUCCCAUGACUCCACUGAAAGAGACUCACAGACGUGGUGAGGUGGACUGUGUGGAGAAAGAGCGUGUGUGUUUUCUGCUCAGCACUGCCAGUUCCGGUCCGAAUCGGCCCACAGCUCAGGUUCUCCCAGUGCAGAACGAUCCCUCCGUGUGUCUGUCCCACUCGAGCGUGACGAUUCCCUCCAUCCCUCUGCUCCCCCCGGGGAGAGGGUUGGGGUCGGCACCCGUAAGCCCCGCCCACCCCUGCUCUGCACUGCCAUGGGUGUGGAAACUCCGCCUGGGGCAAAAGGAAGCGGAAUCCUGUGUGGCGCAGACGGCAACCACGACCGGGCUCCAUCACAUCUCGCCCUCGACGCUCCACUUCCAGGUUUCAUCCGCACCCAGCCACGCCCGACUGGCUCAGUACGUAAACCCCGCCCCUUCCUCGUCCUCCACGUCCUCUUUCUCCUCCUCCACGUCUUCCUUCUCCAAACCCACUUUCUCGCCCGUCAGCGCCGUUCCCAUGGCGGCCGUUUCCGGAAACACCUACAGCGCCAACAGCGCGUCCAUCGUAGCCCCACCCACUUCCGGCCCCAUCGCUUCCGGAACGGCAUGCUACGGCUCCGCCCAGUCCAACGGUACGACGGCGUGCGUGUGCAGCUCGUGCGGCUGCAGCGGAAAAUGCGGCUCGUUCUACUUUCCGCACCCGUUCUCAGGGACGUCCCUGUUCACCUUCGGGCCGCUCCUUCACUUCAGCCCACUGCUCACAGGAAGUGGCUCCGCCUCCCCCUUUACGUACCCCGUUGUUGCACCGCCCCUGUACAACAGCACCCUGUCGCACGACUCGCAGCAGAACCUCGUCCUUCCCCCGAUGCAGGGAUUUCUAGGAGGCGGGGCUAACAUGUACCAGACCUACGGCAUGAUGGGAAAUGGGGGCGGGCAAAAAAAGACAGGGAAUGUUUCCUGCUACAAUUGCGGACUAAACGGCCAUCGAGCGCACGACUGCAAACAGCCGCCCAUGGAUUCGGCUCAGCAAGGUAUGUUUCGCCUUAAAUAUUCUCCUCAGUCAGACAGCCAGGACUCCGGCGACUAGAGUGUGUGUGUGUGUGUGUGUGUGUGUGUGUGUGUGUGUGUGUGUGUGUUGAAUUUCAAGCACUCUGUUCUCCGAUGUUUUGGAACACCAAGAACUUUUUGAGACUCUCACACGGACUUUCGGACGAGCCGGACACUCGGAGGAAUGUUUUGGUUUGUUUGUUUGUUUUUGUACUUUGCGCUUUUCUCGUCGCUUUUUGGAACCUUUUGUUCUUUUGUCAAACUUUUAUAUAUAUAUAUAUAUUUUUUAAUAACGAGACUUUUUUUGGUGCCGCGUCUGUUUACGAUUACGUUUUUGAAAUAGUUUUUUAAUCACUUCAAUUCUUUUUUUUUCUGUAUUUGACUUUUUUUUUGCGCAGCUGAAAACCUACAGUGUUUACCGUCGUACUAUUUAAAGCCACGCCUCUUUCGAAUAAAUAAAUAUGUAAAUGUA